GAAAAGAGGGGGAGACGAGAGAGAGUUCAUUCCUCCUCUCUGCUUCAUCGUCCUUUAAGCUCGUAGUUGGGGCAAAUUCCCCACUUUCUCUUCUCGCGCUCUUCCCUCAUUGAGCGAGAAAGAGAACCCCCCAAACACACCCAAAUUACGCAAAAACCAAUUCUUGAAUUCCAUUCCCAAACCUACCAUCAUCAACCUCUCCCACAUUUCUCUGCAAGCCCUAGCCUUCCACUCAUCAUCGCGCAAUUCCAUCCGGCAAUCGCUGCCCUCCGGCCCUCCCAAGAUUCCGUCUUGGCAGCGCCGCCGGCGCGAUUUCGUCCGGUCCGCGUUUCUCCGAUGCCGUCUCUCCCCUGAAGCCCCAUCACCACUGCGCUUUCGAAGGGUUUGGGCGUUUAGGCAAAUGGAAGGGCCAGGUGGCAAUCAUCUGGACUCGUAUAGAGCUCCGGUUUCGAGCUCUAGAAGAUAUGGAAUGCUAUCUACUUCCAAUUUUAUUCAGGCACCACUGUCUGCCUUGCUGGAGUACUCGGGCCUUCUGCGCGGCCGUUCCAGUCACCAAGAAGCCGAGUCUUUGAUUGGGGGACGUAGCGCUGCCGCGUUCAGGGAGCACCAUCACGGUCAGGUGGAUCAAUCGAGCAAUGAUGGGGAGGUUUCGAUUAGGAUAAUUGGUGCAGGGGAGCAAGAGCAUGAUAGGGAAGGGGGUGGUUUAGUAGUUGGACAGUUGAGGGAGAGUAAUGAUGUUUCCGGACAACCAAUAGCUAGGGUGGGCUCUGUUACAGUGGUAUCGGAGGAGGGUCAGGGAGAUGGUAGAACGGAUGUUGGUUCUGGAGAAGGCAUGUCACAAUCGAUAAAUGGAAGUGCUGAUGGAGAAGCUGGUGAUGGUGCUGGGGCUAAUGGCAGGGAUUCUUCGUACCAGAGAUAUGAUAUUCAGCAGGCAGCUAGGUGGAUUGAGCAGGUCCUGCCCUUUUCCUUGCUUCUAUUGGUGGUCUUCAUUCGCCAGCAUUUGCAAGGUUUCUUUGUUACUAUCUGGAUUGCUGCUGUUAUGUUUAAGUCGAAUGAUAUCCUAAGGAAACAGACAGCUUUGAAGGGAGAGAGGAAAAUCUCUGUUCUAGUCAGCAUCUCUAUUGCAUUCGCAGUUCAUGUGAUUGGUGUUUACUGGUGGUAUCAGAAUGAUGAUCUUUUGUACCCAUUAGUUAUGCUUCCUCCCAAAGUUAUACCACCUUUCUGGCAUGCUGUUUUUAUCAUCAUGGUUAAUGAUACCUUGGUCCGGCAGGCAGCAAUGGUGAUCAAGUGUAUUCUAUUAAUGUACUACAAGAACAGCAGAGGACGUAACUAUCGUAAGCAGGGUCAAAUGCUUACAUUGGUUGAGUAUCUACUUCUGUUGUACCGGGCCUUGUUACCAACACCAGUGUGGUAUCGUUUCUUCUUGAACAAAGAAUAUGGUAGUCUCUUUUCUUCACUAAUGACAGGGUUAUAUUUGACCUUCAAGCUUACGUCUGUUGUUGAGAAGGUACAAUCUUUCUUUGCUGCAUUGAAGGCCUUGUCACGUAAAGAGGUUCACUAUGGGGCGUAUGCAACAUCAGAGCAGGUCAGUGCAGCUGGCGAUCUAUGUGCUAUCUGCCAGGAGAAAAUGCAUGCUCCUAUCUUGCUUCGUUGUAAACACAUCUUCUGUGAGGACUGUGUAUCAGAGUGGUUUGAGAGGGAACGGACCUGCCCGUUGUGCAGGGCUUUGGUAAAACCUGCAGAUCUUAGAUCGUUUGGCGAUGGAUCAACGAGUUUGUUCUUCCAGCUGUUUUAAGAUCGUUCAACUGUAAAAACGAGGUCUGUUUCUGCUUUGAAGUUCGAGUUAUCAUUUGAAACAGGCAUCUCCUCAUCCUUGUGACUACACACUGGUAUAUUCGAUUGUAUUUUUGCUGUGCCUUGUUCAUGAUUUACCCCUGGAAAGAAGGUAUAACUGAACUGGCUACUGUUCAUACAGACGUAUUGAGAAAAUGUCAAAAAAUGUAUGUAAUUCGCCAAUUAAGCAACAGAGAAGUUCCUUUAAUCACCAUUUGCGUUUAUAUCUAAUCAUUUGCCUUGAAUGGAAUUUUAGAGCUGUCCUCCCCUUCUGUCUAGAACAUUUUCCAUUAUUAUUUUUGCUUCUUUUUUGGUCAUAUUAUUUUCCAUCCAGAUUCUAGAUUUGCCAUGUUUUUUGGUGGGUGGCAAACGACAAUUGUGUAACGUGCAAUCUUUCUUUGCUUGAGAGCUAGUUUCUACAAAUAUUUCUUUGGCAUGGCCUCAUGUCCACCACUAAUUUGUACAGCAAGACCAACUACCACAUCCUGUUUUUGGGACCUUUAAUUCAGGACAUUCCCUAACUUAAUGUAUAUAUAGGAUGGCUCCCCCUAGCCUUCUGUCCGAUCCCAUUUCCAUGUAACAGUUGCUUGAAGAAUUAGCUUCAUUGGUCAUAUUCUGCAAGAGGAACACAAUCUCUUUCGCUCCCUCUGGCUUUCCUUGAGCGUAUUUGAUUGAUUUGAUCCGCAAUAUGGUGAUGGCAAAGGAAUUGAGUUGUGAGGUUGCACCACCAGCUGUGAUAUCCCACCAAAAACCUUCGCAGUGUCCGAAUUUGGAGACCAUUGUUGAAGAAGGAUCUGAGAGCUUUGAGAUUCUGCCGAAAGGAAUUGUGUUUCUUCUUCCAGUAUUUCUUUCUUUUGUUUCUUACUUCAUACUGAAUAGACUUGCUGCUUGAUGAUAUGUAUGAAAUAGGAAGGCAAAAUUGUGUGAAAUAGAUGAGCAGACGACAACGUCAGAAUAUUUUGCAUACAAAAGUUGUUCAAACUUUGAAAUUUUCA